ACGGGGACGGCCCGGGGCGAUGGCACCGAGCACCGGGGUAAUGGGCCGCCCCGGGGCGAGCGCUCCCGGCCACUGCCGAGGUGCGGGAUAAUGGAGCCGCUCGUUCACGCUCCGAUGCUGCUCCAGAGGAUCGAUGGCCUCCGCGGGAAAGCACCCGGCGCGGGAAGACGGCCUGGUCUCUCGGCGGCGACGCUGGAGGUGCACGUGGCGAGCGGCUCCGUGUCCGCCGUGGAAGGGCGGCGGGCGGUCCUGCCCCUCUGGUACACCAGCCGCUCGCAGAAGAAGCCCUACGUCACCUGGGCGCUGCACAAGCCCGACGCCAGCCCUUUCCAGAUCUUGAGCUACCUGGACGGGGUGGUGAAGGUGGAGGAGACGUACCUGAAAUCCCGCGUGAGCUUCCUCUACCCCAUGCUCUCGCACAACCUCUCGGUGCUCAUCAACGGCACGCAGGAGCAGGACGCGGGCCAGUACGUGUGCACCGUCAACGUGGCUGACGACGCCAGCGGCACGGGCAAGAACAUCGGCGUCAUCAACCUCACCGUCCUGGUGCCACCGGCCGCCCCGGCUUGCCGGCUCCACGGCAGCACCGCCGUGGGGGGCAACGUGACGCUGAGCUGCGCCUCGCCCAAGGGCAAGCCGCUGCCCGCCUACCAGUGGCAGCGCGCGGCGCCCGCCGCCCAGGUCUUCUUCGCGCCGAUGCAAGACAGCGUCAAGGGGACCCUCAAGCUGACCAACCUCUCGACGGACAUGUCGGGCGUCUACGUGUGCGUGGCGGAGAACCGGGCCGGCUCGGCCGCCUGCAACGUCACCCUGGCGGUGCUCUCGGCAGGCAGCAACGCGGCCGUGGUCGCCGGCGCCGUGCUGGGUUCCCUCGUGGGCUUCGGCCUCCUCGUCUUCCUCGGCCUGCAGCUCCGCGUCUACCGGCGGAAGAAGCGGGACGGGCAGGAGGAGGCGGCCAACGAGAUCAAGGAAGACGCCGUUCCCCCCAAAACGCUCUCCUGGGCCAAGAGCGCCGCUUCGGACGUCGCCUCCGCCACCAGCACCCUCUCGUCGGCGGCGGCGCCCGGCGCCCGCCCCAAGCUCGCCGGCGCCCGAGCCCCUUCGGACGACGGCGGCGGCAUCGCUCCGCCCGCGGCUCCGGCGCCGCCGGCGGCCAACGGCACCGCCGGAGCCCGCGACCGGCGACCCGAGGGGCCCCCGCGGCGCCGGGCGCUGCCCGCCGGCGGCCUGGCCCGCAUGGGCGCCGUGGCCGUCAUGGUGCCCGCGCAGAGCCAGGCCGGCUCCCUGGUGUGACCCCCCCCCCCCCAAAAAAAAAAAAACUUUCCUCCCUCUCCUUGUUUUUUUUUAACCUUUUUCCCCCUUUUUUCUCCCAGCUUUUUUAACACGGGGCUUGCGCUUUUGUAACGGACCCCCAAAACCGUGUAUAUCACUUAUAUAUAUAUUUUUGGGGGGGGGGGGGUUAGUUGUAGGAUACUAACGGCUCGUGCAGCCCCCGGGCGAGGGCAGAGGUUUCCUGUGUAUUUUUUUUUUCUUUUGUUUGUUUUUUUUUUAAUAUAUGAUGUAAAAUGUGAUAUUUUUCAUAAAAGCAUUAAAAGCGUUUGGGGCUCGGGA